GUCACGCUCGCGUCUUGUUCUUCCACCUUCGCGAUGGCAGCAGCACUUGAAAGACAAAGCCUGAUAAAACUAUGCUCGGGAGAAACAUAUGAUAAAGCACAGACGAUUCUACGACUUGCAAAAGCCAAAACUGGGCCUGGCACUGGGUAUCUCGUCGCUCAUCCAAGUGCGCUUCCAGGCAUCUGCGCAUACCUCGCGUCAGAAGAAUUGAAUAAUAACGAUGUGUCGCAAAAAGCUGCUGUCGCGAGCGCUUGCAUCAGUCAAAAGGAUUUUACGAAGGCUUUGAACGUUGUGCGGACAGCACUUGGACCUACAGGGAAACAGCAUACGAGGGGUCUUAAUUACAGGUCGCUCAUCGGCACGUACCGUGUAGCACCUGCCGAUGAGGCAUUGGAAUGGAUGCGCGAAGCAGAAAGUAGUAUCCCAAAAGUUGACAUGCUUCGUGCGCGUCAUCAAGCCAGCACGGUGACUUGUGCCAUAUUUUACUGGAUAUGUCAGAUUAUGGAGGUUCAGGGGCUGCAAGAAAAAUCGCUUUGUCAAAACCAUGGCGUCCCUCUGCCUGCGUUCAAAUCUGUCAUGAAGGCCCUCGACAAGGAAUGUGAUGCAGUCGCCGGCCGCAUCAAAUCUGAGCUACGAGAAAUAAGUUUUUCUGGGGUGCCUUCGAAACCUCGGACUCGCCUUUCAACCUCGCCACACAAGUCUCCGACCAAAUCCGCCAUGAAAGUUAAAUCACAGGAUGUCACGCCAGUAAAGCCCCUGACACUAAAACGUUCCGUGGUGGCCUUCUCCCACAGCAUCGUUGAUGAUCUCGAUGAUACCCUAUUGCCUGAGACCCCGACUAAAAGACGUCGAGUUGAGUCACCUUUCAAGCCUGGCACAAGCGUCUCGCCCACAAAACGCACAAUAGCGCCACAAAGUACCACGCCUUCCCUAACUGCGUUUGAGCUAGCUGUCAGGGGAGAUUCUACCCCACGCCACGAACAACAAAAGGCUGCGUUCUCCAUUGCCGUAUCUAGUGGUUCACAAUCACCAUUACCUGGUCCUUCCACUCCGCGGCGCCCGCGAAGUCAACCAUCUAGACUAGUUGAAGAAUCAGCUGCAAUGGAAGUUGACGAACAACGGUCGGAGCCUGCCGGGCUUCCUGUGCGCAAACGGUUUCGACCAGUGUUCCUGGACCGACAGCAGUGGUGCAGUCGAGACCCCAGACUUGCAAACAUCUGGGAUGCAUCCAUAGAGCAUAGGACGAAGAUGAUGGGGUUGUAUAAUCAUCCAUUUGAGCAGUAUCGCCCUGUCGUCACCUCUUGAGUCAUGUGAAAGCCAAGGUUGGGCACAUCGCCGAUAUC